AGCUUUCUUAAAGGGGAAAAAGUUAUGAUGUAGGAGAACAGUAAUUUAAUGCCUGUCGAUGAGAUCUGGAGACAAUUGAGUAAAGUGACGACAACUGUAAACAGGAAUGUGGAAAGGAUGUCUCAGUUAUUGGAUCAACUCAUUACUCAUGCUCUUUCAAAUGAAUGUGAUUACAUAGAGAUUCCUCAGAGGAAGGAUGAUCAUGUGAAGGAAAGAGAAAAAUAUGCGAAUGAUUAUAAAAAAUGUAUACUUCGUGAGUUGAAUGAGAAAUUGAAUUGGACCAUUAGGGGUUCUAAGAACGUUUGCAACAAAUGCCAAAUGAUUUGCAAAACUAGAAAAGGUUAUUUGCUUCAUUUGUUACAGAAACAUUGUGAGUACAAAUUCUAUUUGUGUGUAAAGUGUUAUGAUAAAUUUGAUAAUUUUAAUAAAUUUAAAUAACAUUUAUGCAAUAACCACGAUGAAAUAAUGAUAUUUUAAGUGACCGAAUAAAUACAACAAUUGAUAGAUCAUGGAGCCAGAGAAAUGUCAAAGAAUGAUCUAUAAAAUAUCAUUUGA